CUCAGCAAAAGGGAUUGUGGGGAGGAAGAACUCGCCAUAUUCACUGGAAAAAAAGGGGUGCUUGUUUCUGUUGUGGAAUAGACCGAAGGAUACAUUUAACUACUGCCUCUGUUAGAAAAGACUGGACAUUUGCGUUGCGCAAUAUGUGAAAUAAAGAUUACUGUUAGAGAGAGUGGCAGAACUGAAGCUUUUAUGAACAGUAAAUGGUUAAGCUAUUUUGUAAGCGAAUGAACUGAAAGAAGUAAUAGGAAAGGCACUGAACGGGCUGUGCCGGUUCGGCCUUGACAUCGGCUGAAUUACCGUGACAGGGGGUGGGGACUCGGAAAGACAUCUGUAAACGAGGAAAUCACUGUUGAUCUGUCAGAAGAAAAGUGAUUGACAACACAGGGGUUCUUCCUGGAUUGAACAUUCGCUAUAGAACGUGUAAUCCUUCCUUCUGCUUGCUCCUUCAAAGAAAAAAAAUAGUUUGCUGACCACAAGACUGAUAUUGCCUGCUGGCAUUAGGAUUGCUCCGCAAUGAAAGACUGUCUGCCAGCAUGCAUGAGAACAUGUCUACAAUGGUGUACAUGAAGGAAGAUAAGUUGGAAAAGCUCACCCAGGAUGAGAUCAUUUCAAAGACCAAACAGGUGAUCCACGGUCUUGAGGCCCUUAAAAAUGAACACAACUCCAUUUUACAGAGUUUAUUGGAGACUCUUAAAUGUCUGAAAAAAGAUGAGGAGACGCACCUAGUGGAGGAGAAAUCCAGUAUGAUUCGUAAAUCGCUGGAAAUGCUAGAGCUUGGCCUUAGCGAAGCACAGGUAAUGGUAGCACUUUCAAACCACUUAAGUGCAGUUGAGUCUGAGAAGCAGAAACUUCGUGCUCAAGUACGCCGUCUGUGCCAGGAAAACCAGUGGCUAAGAGAUGAGCUUGCAAAUACGCAACAGAAACUGCAGAGGAGUGAACAGAGUGUUGCUCAGCUAGAAGAAGAAAAGAAACACCUGGAAUUUAUGAAUCAGCUUAAAAAAUAUGAUGAGGAUGUGUCCCCACUGGAUGACAAAGAUACAGACUCUACAAAAGAACCUCUUGAUGAUCUGUUCCCAAAUGAUGAAGAUGACCAAGGAACUGGAAUACAGCAACAACACAGCAGUGCAGCUGCUGCAGCCCAACAAGGUGGCUAUGAAAUCCCAGCGAGAUUGCGGACUCUUCAUAACUUGGUCAUACAGUACGCUUCCCAGAGCAGAUAUGAAGUUGCUGUUCCUCUUUGCAAACAGGCACUUGAAGAUCUGGAGAAAACUUCAGGACACGAUCAUCCUGAUGUUGCUACUAUGCUUAAUAUUCUCGCAUUGGUAUACAGGGACCAGAACAAGUACAAAGAAGCUGCAAACCUGCUCAACGAUGCCUUGGCUAUCCGAGAAAAGACAUUGGGCAAAGAUCAUCCUGCGGUGGCUGCCACACUUAAUAACCUUGCAGUACUGUAUGGUAAACGAGGAAAGUAUAAGGAAGCUGAACCUUUGUGUAAAAGAGCCCUCGAGAUCAGAGAAAAGGUACUCGGUAAAGACCACCCAGAUGUUGCUAAGCAGCUGAACAACUUGGCAUUGCUAUGUCAGAACCAAGGCAAGUAUGAGGAAGUAGAAUACUACUACCAGAGGGCACUUGACAUUUACCAGACAAAACUUGGGCCAGACGAUCCCAAUGUUGCAAAAACAAAGAAUAACUUGGCUUCAUGCUACCUGAAACAAGCCAAAUUCAAGCAAGCAGAAACAUUAUACAAGGAAAUUCUUACUCGAGCACAUGAGAGGGAGUUUGGCUGUGUAGAUGAUGAAAACAAACCAAUCUGGAUGCAUGCCGAGGAAAGAGAAGAGUCCAAAGGCAAGCAGAAAGAUGGAUCAUCAUUCGGAGAGUAUGGCGGUUGGUAUAAAGCUUGCAAGGUGGACAGUCCCACAGUGACAACCACUUUAAAGAACCUUGGUGCACUUUAUAGACGUCAGGGCAAGUUUGAAGCUGCUGAAACUCUGGAGGAGGCAGCUAUGAGGUCUCGAAAACAAGGUCUUGACACUGUUCACAAACAGAGAGUUGCUGAAGUGUUAAAUGAUCCUGAAAGUAUGGAGAAACGAAGAAGUCGGGAAAGCCUCAAUGUUGAUGUGGUAAAGUACGAGAGUGGUCCUGAUGGAGGCGAGGAAGUGAGUAUGUGCGUAGAAUGGAAUGGGGAUGGCACCGGAUCUUUAAAACGUAGUGGCUCCUUUAGUAAACUCCGUGCUUCAAUUCGACGCAGUAGCGAAAAGUUGGUCAGAAAGCUAAAGGGAGGAGGUUCACGCGAUGGUGACCCAAAGAAUCCUGGCAAUGAAAUCAUUGUCUGACUCCAGAGGCCUGAGUGCCAGCCAGUUUCGUUUUGGCACAUUGAUGACCUUGAGCAAAAGCCAGCUUAAAAUUCCUGUGUGGAUGAAGAAGCACUGAGACAAACUAUUUUUCCUCAUCCUUGCACAUUGGAUUGUAGGAUCUUGCAGACCCUCCUGCAGUCUGACUGUAGAAUUUCUUUCCAAUUCGACUGUUAUUUUUUUUUCUGUUUUGCAUUUUUGUCCUAAACAGAUACUAAGCCGGAAAAAGUAUGAUCAUUUGCACUAAAAUAUCAUUUGCAUUUUGUGCGAUAUGUUUGUGAUUGUAUAUAGUAUGUGUCACAGACAUUUAGGCACAAUGUCAAGCUUCAUACCACACUGUGCUUUGUGAGUUGUUUCUCAUGGUUUGGGUUGUGAAAAAUAUUUAAAAUCCACUCGAGGCAACUGUUACCUCCCUGCACAAGUCAGUAUUAGGCAGCAUGUCUUGUGUAGUUUCCAACAGCAUUUAUGUUGUGGAGAAAGCUCCAGCAACUUCAGAUAUAAAGUUCCUGUAUCCUAAAUCCAUCUUUCUGAUUUGGGUAUUCCUUCCAGACAUCUGACCAUAUGAAGGGGGCAGGGACAUUAUUGCCAGCAAGCUAGCAGCCCCACUAUGCUCUUGGAGCAAGCCACUUGUAUGUUUGUGUUCAUGUGUCAGCACUGAGUAUUACUCCGAAGUGUUCCACCUGCACUUAAGUUCUGUGAACUGUAAAUACUAGAGUUAUGGUCUUAGCAGUGAUUUUGCCUCUUUGCAAAUUCAUUUUGAUGGUAUGAAAAGUGGAGAUCGUGUAUAAAAUUGGAGUGUUAGCUCUGUCAUUGCUAGAUAGCCAGAAAAAAAAUUAUGAAUGCAGUAAUUUACCAUUGUGGCAGAAAGCAAACAUGGUUAUUUCAUUGUUUUCUCCAUGCAUUUCUGUUUGUAUUAUCUGGCAUUUCUGAAUGACAGUUAAUAAAUUCCAUUAGUCCACUUUUUGUGCAGAUAGGUCCUGCAUUUUGAGUUUAUUUAUGCCAUGCUCCUGUACUGAACAUAUCACUGAAAACAUUUGGACUGGUGUGUUGUGAAUGUGAGUGCAUGUGUAACUUGGUUUUCUUUUGUAGUCUGUUUUUCUUUUCUUUUGAAACAAAACAGCAGAAAUGCAGUUAGAAAUCCCUACUUUCCUUACAUUUUUUAAAGGCAGGUCCUCAGAAUGAUAUAACUUGGUAUACUCCUACACUAGUGCCUUUAUAGAGUAGUCACUUAAGCAGUAAGUUUGAAUGAUGUUUUGUUGAAUCAAGUGUGCUGCUGGCAUUAGGAGGUCAAUAAGGGUUUGCUGUUUAGAUUGGAGGGGUAUCAUGACCCAGGAUGUGCAUCUUUUUAGUCAGAAUUUUUAGCAGUGCCAUCUUGGCUAUGCAGCAGGUAGUUUCACAUUUUUUACAGUGUGUAAAUACUUAAUGGCUGCUAUUUCAUGCAGUAUUUUAUAGCAGAAGCUGCUCCUGUGGUUAGCGGCACUUUGGUAACGGAUGGAUGUAUGGUUAUUUCAGAAAUAUAGCAAGUGUUAUUUACAAGUAUUUAAACAGUUAUGAGGCAUUAUUUAUGGAAUGCAGUCAUGAUUUUUUUUGUGUACAAAAGUGUUACAUUUGAGUUUAAUUUGUUGGCAGUUUUUCUUUUUAAGAUAUUCACUUUGUUGGCUGCAUCCAGCAGUGCUUUUCCAAAUGGCAAGUAACUUUUGAAAUAAUAUAAAAACAUAUAUUUUAUAUCUAAAAUUAGUUAACAUACUGUAAUAAGAAUAACAUUUAAACAUCACAAGUAACUGGAAUUUAUUAUGUAACUUAAUUGAGCAAAAAAUAAAAUUAUUAAAGAA